AUGUUCUCGCCCUUCGAGAAAUCUGCCAGCGACACCCACGAACUCAACGAGUUUAUCAUCGAGGUGAUCUACGGCAAAGUAAUUCCUGGCAUGUGCAUCACGAUGAUUUUCGGGAAUUUCUAUUACGCAUGGAUGGCGGUCCGGCUUAUGCG